UUAUGUGUUGUAAGCCUGUUGCUUUGACAAGAUGAAUUUUGCUGCUUAUUGGGCAUUUCUGCUUGUUUCUAUCGUUCUCGAUUGUCAAUUGAGCCAAGCACAAACGACAUCGGUUUGGGCUAAUCCACAGUCUUAUUUUAGUUGUGACUUCGAAUGGACUUGCUACAGAGACAUAUCGCAAGAUCUGAAUGAUGAUUUUCAAUGGUCAAGGAACUACGAAAGUCCACCUGUAUGGAAUAGAGAUUAUAACAUGUUUAUUAAUGCACGCGGCAGACGUCCUGGACAGGUCGCUCGCUUUAAAACUCCGGUAAUCUCACCGACAUGGUGGCCAUCCUCUUACUGCAUACAAUUUUCUUACAUCAUAAUGGGACCAUAUGUCGGUCAGUUUGAGGUGAUUACAGAGAACGAGUCACACGGUGUUGGUGACCCCAUUUGGAUUUCAUCGGGACUACAAGGACCUUACUGGAACACAGAAUAUAUUGACUAUCAACCAACAGAUUCAUUUAAGGUCAUAUUCAAGGCCACUGUUGGACCAAUUUCGUUUAAUUCCUACAUCGGUAUAGACAAUUUGGAAGUCUACGAUGGAGAGUGUCAAUCGACACUGCUUCCAACUCAAUCACUUCCAAACUCAACCUUAUCAGAAUUAAAUUGUGAUUUUGAGUCAAAUUCUGAUCUUUGUGGGUUUACAUCGAUGGGAAGCUAUAGAUGGAGGCAUAGGGAAGCUGGAUCAAAUUAUUACAAUCUUCUACCGAAUGUGGAUCACACUUUGAAUUUGGGAAUUGGUCACUACAUUUAUUCCAAUUAUGACGAAUCUGUGCUGUAUUCACCAUCAUUGACGUCAUCAGGUUCUGAAACUUGUUUUUCUUUCUGGUAUUACCUUCAACCUAGAAGUACCGGAGAAUUAUUGAUAUACCUACAAUCUUUAAACGGACACAUUGGAGACCCUCUAGCAGUGACUUCCUCACUUGGACAUGGUGACGGACAAUGGCAGUUACAACAAGUUCCCCUUUUAGCAACCGUACCAGCUACAUUUUACAUUGUAUUAAUUUUUAGAAGAAAUUAUUCUAGUGGAAUUGGAAUUGAUGAUUUUCUCUACAAACAAUCUCCUUGUAGCUGGCGGCAUAUACAAGCGACUACUGGUAAUUGUAACUUUGAGCAAUCUUUGGAUGAGUGUGGUUACAUUCAAGGAGGAACCAAUGAAGAUGAUUUUAAUUGGAACUUAGCAGGGCCAAUUACAAUGGCUGAUGGAACAGGGCCGAAUGUUGAUCAUUCCUUCGGGAAUUCAUCAGGUCAUUACAUGUAUAUUCAGUCAUCUUUUCCGGUUGCCGGGGAUACAGCUAAACUUUUCACACCAAUGCUUACAUCAACGAAAAACCCAAGAUGUCUGAUAUUUUGGUAUUAUAUUGAUCAGGAUGUCGGUGAAUUGGAGGUGUAUCUGGAAAUAUUAGAUGCCGUUGAUAAGAUCUGGUACAGUAAAACACCUACGGGACACCAAUGGAAAUUAGCCAAAUUGGACAUUGUACCAAUAAGCUCCGACUUUACAGUAAAUUCUUCUACCUACAUGUAUGUUGAAGGUGGUGAAGAAGACAAAGCAUGUAUUCAAACACCACCAAUUAACUAA